GAGAGUUCCAUCGGGGCCCCUUUUUUAUUCUGGAAUUUUACUACAUACAUCCAUCCAUCCUCUCUCUUCAACGUCGCUGCUUUUGCCUUGACACUUGAUUAUUUUCACUUUGCACUAGCGGGGCCAUUCGAUAAGUUACCAAGAACUCAGCCGGGGGUGGUAAUUCACUUCUGGCCACCGCUCCAUCGCUCAAUCUCUCAAUUGCUCAAUCAUCAAUUCAUCAAUCAACCGAUCGCCAAUUAUUCUAAUUCUCGCCUUACCCACUACCACCACUACCACCAUCGCCACAUAUUCCGCACCUCACCUUUUUUUGUUUUUUUCUUCAACAUGAGCGCCGACAAUGCCCCCCCACAUGAAAUUAAUGACAGUAUCAUUGAGCCGGAUGACUUCGAUGACAAUGACUCCACUUAUCCCGACUCGCUGGACGAUGCUAGCUAUACUUCCAGUCUCGAAUCGAGUGUUAUGAACUAUAACUAUGAGGUACUUCUAGGUUACCUCGUCGCCUCAUCUCCUCGUCCUUUCGCUAACCGGGCUCCUUUUCCUUCCCAGAACGGUCGCAGAUAUCAUUCCUACCAUGAGGGUGAAUAUUUCUUACCCAAUGACGAACGAGAGCAAGAUCGCCUCGAUUUGAGCCAUCACAUCUAUAGCAUGCUCUUGAAGGGAGAAUUGCACCGGGCGCCUAUCCAAAACCCGGCUCGCGUCCUGGAUCUGGGCACGGGCACGGGGAUCUGGGCACUAGACUUUGCGGAUGCGAACACGGGAUCAGAAGUUAUCGGCAACGACCUCAGUCCUAUUCAGCCAUCAUGGGUCUCCCCCAACUGCCGCUUCGAGGUUGACGACUUCGAACAGCCCUGGUCCUACAGCAGACCGUUCGACUACAUCCACGGCCGCGAGCUCGAGGGCUGCAUCCGCGACGUCGACCGGCUGAUGGCGCAGGCGUUCGAGAACCUGCGGCCGCGCGGGUACUUCGAGAUCGCCUCGAUGGAGGUCAACACGUACUCGGACGACGGGACGCACCAGAAGGCGACGACGCUGCUGGAGGGGAUCAAGUUUAUGCACGACGCGGCGCGGAAGCAUGGCAAGGACUUGCAGAGCGUGCUCGGGUGGAAGGAGAAGAUGGAGAAGGCGGGGUUCGUGAACGUGCGGGAGGAGAUUUACAAGCUCCCCCAGGGCCCCUGGGCCAAGGAUCCCAAGAUGAAGGACCUGGGCAAAUUCCACCAGGUCAACAUGCUGGAGGCCAUGGGCCCUUACUGCUACGCGCUGUUCACGCGCGUCCUGGGCUGGCAGCAGCCCGAGAUCGAGGUGUUCGUGGCCGGGAUCAAGAACGAGCUGCGCGACCCCAGCAUCCACCUCUACACCAAGGUCCAUGUCGUGUAUGGGCAGAAGCCGGAAUGACAUUUCGUGUGGUUGGGUGUGCUGGUUUUUGUAAAGUGGCGGCCUUGGUGAUGAUGACGUUGAU